UUCGGAAAAAAAAAAUACCCAAACUUACCUACGUGGGAAUGUAUUAUUUUUAUUAUCAGGUGUUCAUAUCAUAUUUAUCUACAAUAUUCUAAUACAGUUAUUAGAUUUAACUGCCAGCAUUGCUGGAUAUCAUCCAUCGUAAAUUAAAAUGGUUAAGUUACCUAUGCGGCGUUGCAUUACAAAAUAUUCUAAACUAUUUAAUUGUAAGAAAUUACUCAAUUUGGAUUUCAACCAGAUAUUACAUUUUAUCGGGAAUUAAUAUUGUUCAAUUUUAAAGAUUUCAAUUGAAUAUUUGACUGAAUUUUUAACUUGUAAGGUCAUUUUUAAGACAAACCAUUAUUAUGAUGGAUCGUAGUGGAAAUGAUAUGAAUAUGACUGGAGACAGCGAUCUAGAUGAUGAUGGUUGUUUAUCCUCUGAUGACUGCGAUGGGGACUCCAACCAGAGUAAAAGUGAUUUGAUGUCUGCAGCAAUGGGAGAUGAUGUGACUGCACAGCUUGCUGCAGCAGAAAAACGCAAUAGCGGAUCGUCGAACACUAGGGGUCUUUGUUAUGGUUUGUGUCGAUCAGGACCAGUUGGAAUGGCUGCUGCUGCUGCAAUUGUGUCAUCAAAGAAGCGAAAAAGACCACAUUCAUUUGAAACCAAUCCAUCUAUUCGAAAACGACAGCACAAUCGGUUACUACGUAAACUCAAAGUUACCAUUGAUGAGUUUGCCACCAGAGUUGGCCAACAAGCAAUUGUAUUAGUAGCGACACCUGGAAAAGAAACCACGGGUUUUAAAUGCUUUGGUGCAAAACCUUUAGAAGAUGUUGUAAAAAAUUUACGUGCCACUGUUAUGGACCAACUGGAUACUGCAUUAGCACAACAUGCACCACCACCUAUUCCUGAUGACCCUACUCUAUAUGAGCUACCACCGCUUAUUUUAGAUGGAAUUCCAACUCCUGUUGAAAAAAUGACCCAGGCUCAAUUAAGAGCAUUUAUACCUUUAAUGUUGAAAUAUUCCACGGGUAGAGGGAAACCUGGUUGGGGCAGAGAAAGUACUCGACCACCUUGGUGGCCCAAUGAAUUACCUUGGGCAAAUGUCAGAAUGGAUGCUCGAUGCGAGGAUGAGAAACAAAAAAUUUCCUGGACAAGAGCAUUACGACAGAUUGUUAUAAACUGUUAUAAGUACCAUGGUCGUGAAGAUUUAUUGCCCACAUUUAGCGAAGAAGAUGAGGCAAAAACAAUUGUUAAUAAUGUUGCAAGUCAAUCAAUUGUUACUUCUGUGCUCAAAUUCAAUCCUAAAGCAACUAGUAUUGAAGCACGAAAUUCACCAGAUGCACAGGAACAACAACAACAACAACAACAACAACAACUAACACAGGUACAGUAUUCUCCGGCUUUCCUCCAUUCAAUUAGUAACGUUGAUGGGUCAAUGUCCAUAUUUCAUGUUGAUCCAAAUAACCCAAUUAUUACGUUACCUGAUGGAACUCAGGCCCAUGUUCAAGGAGUUAUAAAUGCUUCCCAAGGACCAAACGGCCACACAGUUCAUUCUGUUCAUACCCUUGGUGAAGGCCAAAAUCAAGAUGGUGUAACCGUAGAUAUAUUAAAUAAUGUACCUGAAGCCACAUUGAAUCAAGAAGGUCAAAUAAUUAUUACCGGUGAAGAUGGACAAGUAUCAAGCAUGAUAACUGUUCCUGUAAGUACUUCAUUAUACCAAAGUGUUUGUCAACAAAUUAGUGAAGGUAGCAUACAGGUUGUCACACCGGUUAUGCAUCAUAUGCCCAAGUCUGAGCCCGGUGGUGGGAUGGAUUCAUCAAAUUGUGAAGUAGAAACCAUUAAUGUGCCACAUCAGUUGGUAGCCAUCACCGGGCAAAAUGGCGAACAAGUGUUGCAGUUGAUCUCAUUAAAAGAUAACAAAUUGAUCAAUGCUUCAGUUGGCGAUAUUAAAGAAGAAGGCGCUAACAUGUCAAAUUCAGACCAAUGAGAACAACUUCAACAUUACCUGUGCUUUGAUGACCUUGGCAAAUAAAUUUCAAAUAAUAUAGGGUAAUGAUUGUCGGUAUUUUAAUUCUUAAAUGUAUAAUAUAUGUGUGCAUGUGAUUUAAUGAUGGUAUAUACUAAAUAUGUAUACACCUUUUGUUGUUAUGCCCACAAACCUGUGUAAAAAUAUAAUAUAUAUUUUUAUCACUUCCAUUUGGUCCAGAUAAUUUACUCUUUAAAAAACUUAAGAGUAAAUUAUCUCUUCUAUAAAACUUUUAAAUGUUAUAGUAAAGUAAUUUUGUUCGUGGUUUAAACUUUCUUAGAAGUUUUUAUUAUACAUAACUCUAGUGUUUGAGAUUUUCUAUAUGUAGAAAAAUAAAAGUUAAUAAAAAAAUACAGUGAAAUACUAUUUUAUGCCUAAUUAAAUUAGCCUUAUUUAAUUGAUUAUUUUUUACCAAUUUAAAAAUUUGAGCAUUUAAAUUUAAAAAGAAAAUUAAAGUCAUACAUUUUUGUGUGGCCAUGACUCUAAACCUAGUCAAUAUGUUAGUAUUGUAAACAAUAUUACAGAAGUUUAAGUUUUUGUUUAUUUGUUAAAGAUAAAUAUUCUCGCCCUAGAUUUUUUUUUAUUUUAAUGUGGGUUGUAUUUUCUUGUAAACUGUUUUUUUUUUUUUUUUUCAUGUUAUUUGUCACCUUCACAGACAUUAAUGUUAGAAAAAGUGCAAUUCUGUAAAAAAAAAAAAUACCAUUUUUAAAUGUAAUUUUUUUGUUUCCACAUUGUUGAUAUUGUUUAUUUGAGUGUCCUUGCCUGAUAUAUAUAUAUGUCUUGUAUGUUCAUGUAUUCGUCUAUUAUAUUAUAUAAAUGUAAAUAUAUACUAUGUAUAAUAUAUAAUAUAAUAUAUGACUUUUUUAAGUUAGCUUGUUUACACUUUUUUCUUUUUUAAUUGUGUACAUUUUGUAAUUAAUUCAAUGUGAAAUCUUCAUACGCAAAUUUUCUGAUUUCUUAUUUAUUUUUAGGUUAUUAGAUAAUGUUAUACAAUACUAUGUACCUAUUGAAAUAGAUAAUUGUUGUGUACUGUUACCAAACAUGAAACAGAACAUUUAUUAUUAUCUUAAAAAAAAAUUGUUUUACUUA